AUGGCGGUGCAAGAUGAUUUUGGCGAUGGGACACUCCACCCCCCUCAUACUGGGAAGCAUACAUUGCAGCAGCUUAUUGACAUAUCCUGCAAGGUUGAUCCUUGGGAUCUUGAUAAGUUCCAGAAAGCAGCCAAGGCUGUCAACCUGUCUGGUGUUCACAUGCCCUACUGGCACGAUUGGAUCUACGCAUGUCCAUCCAUCUUCCUCACUGAGACUGUAGGAGCUUACAAGCUCAAUAACCACUUCAUCAUCCAGUACAAACAGGUCAGUACAUGCCACUUUGCGAAAGGUAUCACACAGGUCAAGCAAAUGAUGGGCUGUGAGUACAGAGACAUACAACGCACUAUCAUCACUUCAAUUGCAGGUGCUGCUUCACCCCAAUUUGUUCACACAAUCUGUGCCAUCAUUGAAUUCAUUGACCUCAUACAGAAUCCAGUUCAUUCACCUGAAACACUCCAGUCAAUGGAGCACACUCUUUCCGACUUCCACUCUUUCAAGGGCGCUAUUAUCAAGGCUGAAGCAAGGAGGGGGAAGGGGGGCAUCAAAGAUAAUUUUUUCAUCCCAAAACUCAAACUACUACAAAGCUUCAAGGGUAUGGUCCAGCGACUGGGCACUUUGAUGCAGUCCUCAGCUGAUACAACGGAGCACUUGCUUAUCACCCACUGCAAGGAUCUUUUCCAACAAACAGCCCAGCAGAGCAAAGAAUUCACGGAGCUGUUAAGACCGUACUCAAGUAGUAUCGGAUCUGAAGGGCUUCGGCCUCAGCUCGUGCGCUGUGCCCCUUUCCCAAGUCUUGCCCCUUAUUUCAGAGAGCUAAAGUAUCGCGUCUAG